CACACUCUCUCUCUCUCUCUCUCUCUCUCUUUCUCCUUGGUCCGCCUUAUUUUAUAGAUGUGUAACUUUUCAUCAAUGAUUCACUCUCUUGAAGUUGACCUUCCUUCGUGACCGUAAACAAAAAAAACUGACAGCCUUGAGCCUGCCAGCUGAGUCUCCUCAGUGUCCUGAACGCAGCACACUGAUCAACUCCUCGUCUGCACGCAGGUCUGUUCACUGAUGCUGGAUCAGCGGGAGUGGAAUGGAUAAUGGCCAUGGCACACUGUAAUCUGCGAUCACCAUCCUCCUCUCCCCGUGAUGAUGUCAACCUGGGAGCUUCAGCAAACCCAAAUGCCAGGCCAACUGACUUUGACUUCUUGACUGUCAUUGGCAAGGGGACAUUUGGAAAGGUCCUGCUUGCCAAGCUCAAAGCCGACAACAAAUUCUACGCCGUCAAAGUGCUGCAGAAGAAAGUCAUCCUGAAGAAGAAAGAGCAAAAGAACAUUAUGGCAGAGAGAAAUGUGCUACUGAAGAGUCUCAAACAUCCCUUUCUGGUUCGGCUCCACUACUCCUUCCAGACCCCGGAGAAGCUCUACUUUGUCCUCGACUAUGUGAAUGGCGGAGAGCUGUUCUUCCACCUGCAGAGAGAGAGGUGUUUCUCCGAGCCCAGAGCGAGGUUCUACUCAGCCGAGGUAGCGAGCGCCAUCGGCUAUCUUCACUCUCUCAACAUCGUUUACAGAGAUCUGAAGCCAGAGAAUAUUCUCUUAGACUCUCAGGGCCAUGUGGUGCUGACAGAUUUUGGGCUGUGCAAAGAAGGUAUAGAGCCGGAGGGAACCACCUCGACUUUCUGUGGGACUCCAGAAUACUUGGCUCCAGAGGUUCUUCGUAAGGAAGCCUAUGACAGGACAGUGGACUGGUGGUGUCUGGGAGCAGUGAUCUAUGAGAUGAUCUACAGCCUGCCUCCUUUCUACAGCCGUGACAUCGGUGAAAUGUAUGAUGGGAUCCUUCACAAGCCCCUGCCACUGCCCCCAGGAAAGUCUGAUGCUGUCUGCUCUCUGCUGGUGGGUCUUCUGCAGAAGGACCAGCACAGACGCCUCGGGGCCAUCGCCGACUUUUUAGAAAUAAAGAACCACAUUUUUUUCUCUCCAAUCAACUGGGAUGACCUUGACCAUAAGAGAAUAACUCCUCCUUACAACCCGAAUGUGAGAAACAGGUGACAAAGGUUCACCAGUUCAACCUGUUUAGAGGCCCAGCUGACACUCAGCAUAUUGAUCCAGAGUUCACCAGAGAAGUGGUUCCUAACUCGGUGAGUCGGACCCCGGAGCUCAACACCAGCAGCAACAACGCCUUCAAUGGGUUCUCCUUUGUCGCCACCGAGGAUAGCUUUCUGUGAGGCAGGAGUUAACUGUUCAAAUGUUUAAACAGGGUGAUUGAUUUUAUGGAGUGAUGACACCUUUUUGAGUCACAUGAAAAUGAGUACUCUUCAUGUAACAUUGCAGGAAUUCCAUGUGGUACCUCCUGUUCGUCUACUGUAGGGAUUCUCUCUUGAGGGUUUAGCAGAAAAGGAGACCUCCUGCAAUGGAGACAUUUAAUGUUAAAAUAUGAAACUUUUUUUUGUUUUGAAGUCCCAGGACUAUUCUUAGAGAGAUAGCGAAGUUCAACAUAAACGUGUUACCAAAUAUUUAGGGCUCGCAAGAAGUAGGAGCAUCUUUAAGAUGCAGUGCAAAUGAUUUUUAUCCCAUUAAUUUGCAAUGGAAUGAAUAGUGUGUUUAACAAUUAUUUUAUAUACAGACAUGAUCAUAUUGCGUUGGUACAGUCAGACUAAAGGCUUUAUUUUCCUAAAAUAGGGUGCUGAUGCAAAUGCAAGCAAUAUCUCCAUGCACAAACAAAAAUAGGCAUGACUGGGAAAUAUCUUUUGCAAUUUUGGUGACCAAAGGCAUUGGUGCAAACCAGGUGUAACUAGACAGCUGAUGCGUAAUGGUGCAGCUGCUGAAAUAUCAAUGCGGCUCAAGUGGUUCAAGUUGUGCAAAACAAUUAAAACAGGCUUAUGAAUAAAAAAGUUACACUGUGCUCCUCUGCAUGUCUAAACAGCCUCAUUUAUGGAUGUUCAUCCCAAUAAAGUAUUUAAUCAGGAAAAUAUAAAAUAAUUAAAAGGAAAAUAGGAUUAAUGAAUGAAGUCAACCCUGUGUAAACAUGCAGCCCCUCUCCCAAAUCAGAGACUGUAGAUGAAACACAUGUGUCAUUCCUGCUGCUGUGUGCUGAUUACAAGUGUUUAAUCAACUACACGGCUCCCAUUCUACUUUAGGAGACUCUGGGAACCACAAGCACUGCUGCAUUCUGGGAGCUCAGGGCUCUAGAGGGGCAAUAGGGUAAUAUGAGCUCUUUGGGUUAUAACAGUGCCUGACUAUUAAGAGCUUUGUAGGUCAGGUGAAGGAUUUUAAAUUCCAUUCUGGAUUUUACAGGGAACCGGUGCAGUGAAGCUCAUCCAGGAAAAAUAUGAUUUCUUUUUCUAGUUCUUGUCAGUAGCUAAUACACGCUGCACCAUUCUGGAUCAGCUUGAGAGUCUUAAGGGACUUGUUUAAGCAACCUGAUAUUAAGGAAUUACAAUACUCCAGACUAGUUUUUGCAAUAUUAAGCGAGGGAAAAAAGGCACUGCUUGAAGUUUGUUUAAUGUAGGCAUUAAAGAAUAUAUCCUCCAUGUAAGAGAGAGCAGAAGAGGGAGAGAGAGAGAAACCAUCGCUAAAUACUAAGCUAAAGUAGCUAACAGAUCUAAUAGUAGAUAGAUCAAUAAUUACAUCUGGUGUGAAACAGAAUCUCCUAGUCUUUACAAUAAUGGUCUUGUUUGUUUAUGGCAACUAUGUUAACAUGGGAAAAUUAAUUUGCAGAUGAUGCACCGAUGAUAGAAAAUGCUUCAUGUAGCACCUUUUUUAAAAUUUAACUACACCACUGUGUGCACAGCAUGGCUGUUCAUUCUGUGGACUGUAGUUUUAUGUUUUGCAACUGGGAAACUGGGGAAUUAUAAUAUUUUAGCUUGUAGAUAGCAGACAGUAAAUGUCAAUGUUAUAUUGAAAAUACUGUAUGUAACAUCUGUAAAUAUACAGUAGUAGCUUUGCAGUAUGUACUCUAGUAAUGUGAUUAUAUCAAAGUAAACCAUAAAAUGCCUCUCUGUCUUGAAAAUGGACUUGGUGAUUGAUGGUGCUUGGCGUUUGCACUAAUGAAUGAUACACUUGUACAUCUGAUAUUUUAUUUUUAUUAUCUCAUUUAUAUGUAUACUUAAAGUCUUGUUUGUAAAUCUGAUAUUAAAGAAGCUCUUUUCGUUCAAUUUCUGA